CGAUUAUCCAUUGCUAUUUAUUCCAUUCUCCUUCGUAAAGACUCAUUGUGUGCAGGAUAAUUGGAAGCUUAUACACGGCGGAAGUCUAGAUUGGGCCAUUUAUCUGCCGUUCUGACGUCAGUGUCACUGCCGGCAUUUCAUUUUGCUUACUUCCUUCCUCUUUCGUCGGGGUCGGAUCGACACUGUAUAGGGAAAAAACAGUUUUCAUACUUCUCUAUAAUCUCUGUGUUCUCUUCCUCCAACAACACAUCGCCAUGGCGCUAUUAUUUCUGAAACAAAAAUUAUUUCCCGGCGAAGAUAAACGUUCCGCCGGUAAACUUGGGAAACCCUUACUCGCACCAGAUGACUCCACCCUUCACAGCGACCAGGAUGACAUCGAAUCGCAACGGUCCUAUAGCACAUUCCGUCCUUCAUCCCCUACAUCCGAAUCAGGAAGCACCAGCAGUUCACGCUCACGGAUCAACCCGCGAAUCGUGUCGGACGCCAUCUUGGGCCUCUCAGAUGGGCUCACCGUGCCCUUCGCACUGAGCGCCGGCCUUUCAGCGUUCGGAAACACCAAAGUCGUCGUCCUAGGCGGCCUUGCCGAACUUGCAGCCGGUGCUAUAUCCAUGGGCCUGGGCGGCUACGUCGGUGCGAAGAGCGAAGCAGAAUCAUACGAGACAACAGUACGCGAAACAAAAGAACUCAUUGAAACCUCUCCCGCCGAAACAUCAUCCAUUGUCCGCGAUAUUUUUUCCGCAUAUGCACUCCCCGAAGAGGCAAUUGCUCAGAUCAAUACCUCACUGCACGCUUCUCAUGACCGGCUUCUAGAUUUCCUCAUCACAUUUUAUCACAAGGAGUCCGAGCCGGAUUGUAACCAGGCUUGGAUCUCGGCUGUUACGCUUGCGCUGGGUUACUUUGUAGGUGGAUUCAUUCCGCUUAUACCGUAUUUCAUCUUUCAUCAGGUUAUUGUUGCCCUUUACUGGAGUAUUGGGGUGAUGGCAAUUACGCUGUUGGCCUUUGGGUAUAUCAAGACGUGUGUGGUAAGGGGGUGGAAGGGGAGGGAGAACAUCGCCGCGGGCAUCAAAGGCGGAGUGCAGAUGUGUUUUGUUGGCGGUGUCGCGGCGGGAGCUGCGAUUGCCCUGUUAAGGAUGUUCGGCGGUGGUGCUUGAGUAGUAUCUAGAGGUAUUUCGGGCAUUUCUUGACUUAAUGUGCACGAUAGACAGCGACGGGCGUUCGGGAUGGGAAAAUUAGCCAUGGUACUCGAUUCUAAUAGACGACUAAUAUCCAACUAGCAUCACAAUAUAAUAUCUCUACUUGAA